AUGAAUCACCUCACUGUACGUCUUAUUGAAGUCGACUCGUUUGGGAAUCGCAGCUCUAGCCACUAUAAGGGAACUCUCCAGCUGUACAGGCUUCCCAGGGCUGAGCUGGAUGGAGCUGGUUCAGGUUCUGGAAACAAGAAACCCCUGGGAGAUCCCAUCUGCAGGCUGCCCCUCACAUUACCCAAGAAAGCACGGCCUAUUGAAUGA